GAUGGAUGUUUUGACCAGUGUCGAAUUCUGGUAGCUGGCCAGACCAGGUUUAAAAUACUUACAAAUUUUGUCGUUUGUUAGGAAAUUUAAUAAAAAUGAAGUUCGUUUGCACUUUUGGAAUUUACAGCGCAAUCAUAGUUUUGCUAAUUUCUCCCAUCCUUUGUCAAGACGAAGGUGAAGUUGAGGCACCGGUGGAGAAAUCAUGUCAAAAAUGGAUCUUUGACCUCCUCAGUAUCGUGUUUGACGCGGUGGGACCAUGUUUAGCAAAUUCGUUCAAAAUCCAAAACCUCGGUGAAGUUGUGACACGACUAUUUUGUUUUGUGAAAUGCCUUUUAUCCGAGUUGGCCUUGAUCGACGAAGAAGGUGCACUCGAUCAAGUCGCAGCUGCCAUAUUUUUUGGGGAGAAUUUUCCAGAAUCCUUGCGAAACGAAAUUAUCCCAAAGGCGGAGCCCUGCUUCAAAUUGGCAGAGGUGUUUAACGGGAAGGAAUACUAUUGCAAAUCCUACGCCGCAUUUUCCCAGUGUGCCGGCACCGUCGUUAUUCAGGCUAUGACGCCGUAUGUCAUCGGCUGCUUUGGCGCUCCUUUCAUCGCAGCCGGACUAAAUGUCGCGUUCGGAUUUUUGAUCAAUCAAACCCCAUCGGGAAGAUCGUUCGAACUUCCUGGACAAAGGGGGAGGUUAGGUUCAUCGAAUAACAGGACGCUUCAAAUGCUCACCACCUACAAGCCGAGGUUCGAUAAGAGGAAGAAUUUGAGGAAUUGAGGGAAAUAUUUCUUACAGAGAAAAGCACGGAUUAAAUACUUGCUGUGACGUAAUGAUACAUUUUCAGAGUUCAAAUUUUUCAUGGGAAAUAUGCAAAUAUAUUUUAUUUCAAAUUCAUUUUCUAGAAUUAUAAAUCAGUGUAUUGCUUACACACUUUCAAUAAAUGUGAUCUUGUUUCCUUGA